UCACCGAGGGCGAAGCGCUGCUGUGCCGAAGUCGUCACGUCCCUCGAUCGUGUGAAGAGGGUUGUGCGGGCGAAGGAAGAGCGAACGAGCGAGGUCGAUGGCUGUUCCCGGGAGGCGCAACGGUGUGAUGGAUGAGGAGGAUGACGAGGACGAUGUCCUCUUCGACGACGGCGACGCCUUGGCCGACCUCGACCUUGACUCCGACGUCCCGCCUCACCUCCGCGCCCUCGUCGAGGCCGCCGAGAGCGGAAACGUCGACGCCCUCCGCUCAGCCCUCGAUAAUCAUACUGGCAGCAUUGAUGAACCAGUGGAAGAUGGUGAUACUGUCCUCCACUUGUCUUGUCUUUAUGGCUAUUUUCCAUGUGUUCAGCUACUACUGGAGCGAGGAGCUAGCUUGGAGUCCAAGGAUGAAGAAGGGGCCAUUCCUCUUCAUGAUGCUUGUGCUGGAGGGUUCACUGAAAUUGUUCAAUGCAUGCUGAACUCUGCGGGUAGCCCAGAUUUUGUGAUGCAACUGCUAAGUGCUACUGAUAUUGAAGGCGAUACUCCUCUGCAUCAUGCUGCUAGAGGAGAACAUCUCGAUGUUGUAAAGUUGUUGCUUGCUGCUGGGGCCUCUCCUAAGAAGACAAACAUUUAUGGGAAGAUCCCAGCAGAACUUGCAGAUCAAGAGACAGAGGUCCGGAGCAUUUUAAUUGCAGCAACAGCUUCUGCAGAUGAGGUGUCAUGCCAGUAAGUUUAGGGGAUCCUGAGGCCAGCCCUGGUGAUCCCCUUCUAUGAUGAGAAAGUAACACUGAUAGCAAUGAAUUGAGGUUCUUUAUCAAGGGUUUGUAGGAUUGCCCAAGGAAGAAGCAUCAACUGGUUUCCCUUAUAUGCUUAAGGUUUCGGUAUAAUACUGCUUUUAAUUAAGCACUUCUAUAGUCUGCUAAUUUGCAAUUUUUAUCUGUUGAAUCGAAGGUAGACAUGUUGGGAUAAUAGGACUUCAUUUACUAUGUCAUAGUACAAAUAUUCUUGCUCAAAGUUGUUGUUUAUAUAUGAUUUGAAUUUUUGAUCAA